GCUUUGAAUUAUAAGAGAGAAGGCAAAUUGUGUUCAAAGGCAACAACAAAAUGGGAGACGACGACAAUAAUAAUAAUAACAAUAGAAAUGGGAGUAGCAAGCAGUCGGAGCCGCCCCGGGGUCCACCGGAGCACUCUGUUGAAAUUAUUCAUCCCGUGGUUCCGCCUCCCAGGAGAAGCUGGUUGGAGAAGAUCAGGAACCGCCUAAAGGAAAUCUUUUUUCCCGACGAUCCUCUCCGCCAGUUCAAGGGUCAAUCUCCGGUCAGAAAGUUGGUUCUUGGAGCUCAAUAUAUAUUCCCAAUUCUUGAAUGGGGUUCUCAUUAUAAUUUUUCCCUUUUUAAAUCUGAUGUUGUUGCUGGUCUCACCAUUGCUAGCUUGGCCAUUCCUCAGGGAAUAAGCUAUGCUAAGCUUGCUAAUUUGCCACCCAUUGUUGGACUUUAUUCAAGCUUUGUUCCACCAUUAGUAUAUGCUGUUCUUGGAAGCUCAAGAGAUCUAGCAGUUGGACCUGUUUCAAUUGCAUCAUUAAUAUUAGGUUCAAUGUUGAGACAAGAAGUUUCUCCCAUCAAAGAUCCCAUUCUUUUUCUUCAACUUGGCUUCACUGCCACCUUCUUCGCCGGUCUCUUUCAGGCUUCCCUCGGCUUUCUCAGACUUGGGUUUAUAAUAGAUUUUCUAUCCAAGGCCACUUUGAUUGGAUUCAUGGCAGGAGCAGCCAUUAUUGUGUCUUUACAGCAACUUAAAGGCUUGCUUGGAAUCACUCAUUUCACUAAACAAAUGGGUUUGAUUCCUGUUUUGUCCUCAGUUUUUCAUCACACUCAUGAGUGGUCAUGGCAGACUAUUCUGAUGGGCUUUUGUUUCCUUCUCUUCCUCCUCCUCACAAGACACAUUAGCAUGAAAAGGCCAAAGUUAUUCUGGGUAUCAGCUGGAGCUCCUUUAGUAUCUGUCAUUCUUUCAACCAUCUUGGUUUUUGCAUUCAAGGCCGAUCGCCAUGGCAUCAGUAUUAUAGGAAAAUUGGAAGAAGGAUUGAACCCUCCUUCAUUGAACAUGCUUCGUUUUGAAGGAUCACACCUUGGUCUUGUUAUUAAGACUGGCCUCGUCACUGGCAUCAUCUCUCUUACGGAAGGAAUCGCAGUAGGGCGAACUUUUGCAGCUAUAAAAGACUAUCGUGUGGAUGGUAACAAGGAAAUGAUUGCAAUCGGUCUCAUGAACGUGGUUGGCUCUUUCACGUCUUGCUACGUCACAACAGGUGCGUUUUCAAGGUCAGCGGUGAACCAUAAUGCAGGGGCCAAAACCGCAGUGUCCAAUAUCGUAAUGUCUGUGACGAUAAUGGUAACCUUGUUGUUUCUGAUGCCUCUUUUUCAAUACACUCCCAAUCUCGUGUUGGCUGCCAUCAUUGUCACCGCCGUCAUCGGCCUUAUCGACGUCCCAGCUGCGUAUGCCAUUUGGAAGGUCGACAAGUUCGACUUUGUUGUCAUGCUUUGUGCCUUCUUCGGAGUCAUUCUCAUCUCUGUUCAACAUGGUCUCGCCAUUGCUGUUGGGAUAUCAAUUUUCAAGAUCAUCCUACAAAUCACAAGGCCAAAAACAGCGAUGUUGGGGAACAUAGGUGGAACAGAUAUAUAUAGAAACAUUCACCAAUACAAGGAUGCAAUGAGCAUUCAAGGCUUUCUCAUUCUGAGCAUUGAAGCUCCGAUCAACUUUGCCAACACCACUUAUCUCAAUGAAAGGAUUUUGAGAUGGAUCGAGGAUUAUGAAGCUGGUCAAGAUCAUCUUAAGAAGGAGGGCUCUGACCUUCAGUUCGUGGUUUUAGAAUUAUCUGCUGUGAGUGCUAUAGACACUAGUGGAGUCCUACUCUUCAAAGAUCUAAGGAGAGCAUUGGAAAAGAAGGGUGUUGAGCUUGUGUUGGUGAACCCAAUGGGUGAACUAUUGGAGAAGUUGCAAAAAGCAGAUGAAAAUCAAGAGAUUUUGAGGCCAAAUAAUGUUUUCUUAACUGUGGGAGAGGCCGUUGCUUUCUUAUCAGCAACAAUGAAGCGACAAUCCUCAACUAUAUAGGAAACAAAAAUGUCAAUUUAAUGACUCUCACCUCUCUUUCUGCCAUACUUUUAAAUAGAUAAUGAGAAGAACAACAUAAUUAAUAAGGUAACUAAAUAGUUAUGAGGUUUUCUCCACAUCCAAUGUGUAUACUAAUGCUCGGAACCUUUACGUUAAUACUUCAUUAUAAAUCUUGAAGUUUUGAAGACAA